CACUACAUGUUGUUAGAUGAAAUAUCUCACAACUUACACCAGCGUGGACAUGAGGUUCGCAUGCUCUUGCAGCUUGGCAACCCAGUUAUUACAGGUUUUUCCUACCCAGCACGUGCAGACAGUUACAAGAGAAGCACAUGGUCCUUAGGGGAAAUAUAUAUCAAAGAAUACAACAGCUGGUUUCUACAGGAACAAACACAGUUUUUACUGGGAAGGGAAAACUUUAAUGGAUUUUUAAAGUUCAUGGGACACCUAUCCUACCAGUGUGACAAGCUGCUGGAGAACACACAGAUGAUGAACUUCCUCCAGAAAGAACGCUAUGACAUCACCAUCCUCGAUGCUUUCAAUCCUUGUUCCUUCAUCCUGGCACGUAGACUUGGUGUCCAGUAUAUAGCCUUCUAUCCUGGCACUCUGAACGGUCCCCUGUCCAUUGCUCUCCCCAGCCCGGUCUCCUACGUCCCUGUUUUUAGCUCCCAGCUGUCCGACCACAUGAACCUCUGGGGUCGAGCAAAGAACCUCUUCUAUUCUCUUUUGUCUCCUGUGGGUCAGAAACUUGUGUGGUCAAUCUUUGAGGAAGUGGCUGAGCGCCACCUUGAGUCAGGCCCACCCCCAGGUGGUCUGAAUGAUUUACACCAAGGAGCCGAACUCUGGGCCUUCAACACUGACUUUUCGCUGGAGUUCCCACAGCCUCUUAUGCCUUACACUGUGCUGGUGGGAGGUCUGCUGAAUAAACCUGCAAAGCUUCUGCAACAGGACCUUGACUUGUGGAUCUCAAGUUUUGGAGAAUUCGGUUUUAUUGUUGUGACUCUUGGAUCGAUGGUGUCUUCAGUGUCUGUGAAUCCUCUGCUUGUGGAACUAGUAGCUGGCUUCUCUCAGAUCCCACAGGGGGUACUUUGGAGGUAUGACCCUCAGCAGUGGCCCUCUAACCUGGACAUACCUCCCAAUCUCAGAAUAAUGAGCUGGCUGCCUGUUAAUGACCUGCUGGGCCACAAAAAUGUACGCCUCUUCAUCACUCACGGAGGACAAAACAGCCUGCUCCAGGCAGUGUACCAUGCUGUUCUGGUGCUGGGCAUUCCUCUGUUUGGAGAUCAGUUUGAUAACAUGGUGAGAGCUGAAAGAAAGGGGCUUGGUCUCACUAUUAAGGCUGCACAUAUCACCAGAGAACUACUCAGCACCACCAUUCAGACACUCUUACAGGAUAGCAGGUUCAAAUCUUCAGCUUUGUCCCUCAGCAGGAUCCACAAAUCCCAUCCUGUGUCUCCAGAACUUAGAAUUACUCAGUGGGUGGAGCACAUUGUAAACAGUGGAGGUGGAGCUCAUUUAAAGCCAGCUUCAUUAGCACAACCAUGGUACCAGAGAUACCUGUUGGACCUGGUGUUUCUCCUGUGCUUGGGACUUCUUGGACUUAUAGUUCUUUGUUGGGCUUUAUGUAUAAAGAAGAAACGAAGGAAUGAGCAUAAAAAAAUACAAUAGAGGCACAAAACGUUUUCUCUGGGACAAUCAUGGUUUAUUUCUUAGUUCUCUGAUACUAACUGCACCAAAAUCAGAAUAUUUAAGAAAUGUAUUCUUAAUGCCCUUAAAUAAGGCCUUAAUGCUUAAUAAAUAAACCACAGUUGCUUUUAUUAUUCCUGUUCAUUUUCAAAAG